UGUAUAUAUUUGUCAACGUGUAUAUGUAAUUUAUGCUUUUGUGUUGUGGGAUUUAGGUGGUCUAUUAUAGCUUCUCAACUUCCAGGAAGAACUGACAAUGAUAUUAAAAACUAUUGGAACACCAAAUUGAAGAAAAAACUCUUGGCAACAAACAACAUGAACACCGUUGAUACCAACUUGUCACAGUUUUCGGAUUCGAUUCCGAAAACUGAAACCCUACAUGACCAGGGAACACCAUCUUGUUUUGAUGGGACAUUGCCAUAUCUAAAGGAUGUAAGCUCGGGGCAAAGUUUUGAUCCCUGCACUCAAAUUUCUCCUUCAAAUCCUAUGGAAGUUAAUGGCUUUGAGACUAGAGAAGGCAAGAGUUUCAGCAUUAUUUCACCAUCUCAAGAAGUUUCAAGCCUUCCAACUUCAUCUGGUUUGGGUUUGGAGAACAAUUACAGCAUCUGGUCUGGCAAUGAAGGUGUCGAUAAUGUCAGUGGGGUUCUUAUGCCCUUUGGAUUUGAGCCUCCUAAUGAUGAUCUUCUGGAUGGCUUUGGUUAUUAAUUUUCAUUGACUAACACGAAAAUAGUGGGAUGCGGCUAUGUUAUUUACUAGCUAAGGUAUUGGUUUUCUGUAAGGUAAUUAAGACCAAAUAAUUUGGAUGAUGGAAUUAUGCACGAAGUUUAUCGACUAA